CCCAUUCGGUUAUCGAACUGAAGUUGGCAGUUGUGGUCUUGGCCCGGCUACAUCCUGUCAAAGUCGCGAAGGGACAGCUGUGUGCGGGUGAAGAUGAGUUAAGACUGAGAUCUGACACAGCUGGUCUGUGGGAAGUCGCCGUCUGGAAUCAGCGCAAGACGCAAGGAGUGUACCGGAGAUCUAACAUGGACGAAAAGAGGGUGGUCUGAGAAUGACAAAGUGAUGGUACAGAAAGAGCUACUUUGUAGCAAUGUCUCGCGCCGCAGCUUAACAAACACAACGCGUUUGUAGUGGGGAAAGGUUAAAAUACAGGCUGACCAAAGUGCAGAGCUCGUUCAUAAGAUACUCAGACAACCGCUCGCCACGGGUAUCUUUUUUUUAUAUAGUCCGUUCGCUUGCAUAACUUCUGUUAAAUGUAGACGGCGUUAUUCAAUGGUUAGGCAACAAAGCAUAAUGUGGUACUAUGGCGAUAUAUUCGGUCGGUUUUGGCAUUCGCGGUUAUUUUUAUUGAAUUUAGUUGGGUUUUUCAUAGCACCUGUAACCUCACAUCCACAAUGCUUGGACUUCAAGCCCCCUUUCCGACCUGAAGAUGAGCUCCAGUUUUGCGUAAUGUACAAGCAUUUUGGUUGUUGUGAUUAUGCAAAGGACCAGGAGCUGAUGGCGAAAUACUACAAGAUCAUGGACAAUUUUGACUAUUAUGGAUAUGCCAAUUGCGCAGCGUACGUGCAGGGCUUGCUAUGCCAGGAAUGCUCACCGUAUGCAGCACACCUGUUUGAUGCCGAGGACCCCAGCACACCUCUCAGGACCAUCCCGGGGCUGUGCCCCGACUACUGCUCUGCCUUCCUGGACAGGUGUGAGUCCACCAUACCCCUAAUCUCCGACGACCCGAGGAUCGCCGAGCUGAAGCACGACAAACCCCGGCUGUGUCGGUACCUGCAGCUGGACGACCCCGACUACUGCUACCCCCACCUGCUGAGCAACGAGCACCUGACCAAGAACCUGGGCCGCGUGGCCGAGGACCCCGAGGGCUGCCUGCAGCUGUGCCUGGAGGAAGUGGCCAACGGCCUGCGCAACCCGCUGGCCAUGGUGCACGCCAACGACGGCACGCACCGGCUCUUCGUGGCCGAGCAGGUCGGCGUGGUCUGGGUGUACCUGCCUGACCGCUCCAGGCUGGAGAAGCCCUUCCUGAACAUCUCGGAGGCCGUGCUGACCUCACACUGGGAGGGGGACGAGCGGGGGUUCCUGGGAAUCACCCUGCACCCCGACUUCAAGUACAACGGCAAGCUGUACGUGUACUACUCCGUCGAGAUCGGCUUCGACGAGAGGAUACGCGUCAGCGAGUUCCGCAUCUCCGCUGCCGACAUGAAUGUAGUCGACCACACUUCAGAGAGGGUUAUAUUGGAGGUGGAUGAGCCAGCAUCUAACCACAAUGGCGGCCAGAUCCUGUUUGCCGAUGAUGGCUAUCUGUACAUCUUCACUGGGGAUGGUGGAAUGGCAGGAGAUCCAUUUGGGUUGUUUGGCAACUCUCAAAACAAGUCUGCCCUCUUGGGCAAGGUUCUCCGCAUUGAUGUGAAUGAUAACGACAAGGGACCGCUGUACAGGAUCCCCCCAGACAACCCCUUUGCUCACGAGCGCGGGGCCCGUCCGGAGGUCUUCGCGUACGGGGCGCGGAACAUGUGGCGGUGCUCGGUGGACCGGGGUGACCCCGUCACCCGGGAGGGCAAGGGCAGGAUCUUCUGCGGGGACGUGGGGCAGAACAAAUACGAGGAGAUCGACAUCGUGGAGAAGGGCAGGAACUACGGGUGGCGGGCGAAGGAAGGCUUCUCGUGUUACGACAAGAAGCUCUGUGCCAACAGCUCCUUAGAUGACGUCUUGCCUAUUUAUGCCUACCCGCAUAAAAUGGGCAAAUCCGUGACCGGUGGAUACGUCUACAGAGGUUGCGAGUACCCCAACCUCAAUGGCAUGUACAUCUUCGGAGACUUCAUGAGCGGGCGCCUGAUGAGUUUACGAGAGAACCGAGACACACGCCAGUGGGACUACAAGGAGAUCUGUAUGGGGAUGGGCCUCACCUGCGCCUUCCCAGGGCUGAUCAAUAACUACCACCCCUACAUCAUCUCCUUCGCUGAGGACGAGGCAGGGGAACUUUAUUUCUUGUCCACGGAGAUCCCAAGUGCCACCUCACCCACUGGUGUUGUGUACAAAGUGGUGGACCCUUCAAGACGCGCACCUCCAAGAUCUUGCCAUUACGACCCACUACCUGUCAAAGUGAAGAGUAAAACUAUACAGUUCCAGCCAAAGGAAACAUUAAUCGGCGUUGAAUUCCCAAACUCGGGCCAAGAGAUCACAGACUCCAACGACUGGCUGGAGGAACUCAUGCGGAGUCUGGACGAGCCCGGGUUGCAGACCACCCUCAGGCCGACCACCACCACCACCAAGCCUCCCAAGACCACCAAAUCCCGCAAGGGCCGGCGCAGGAAGCAGGGCCGGCACCAGCACCAGCACGGAGCCGUGCGAUUGGCCGGCGACGACCUGGGCCGCGCCGACCGGGGCCGAGUGGAGAUCUUCGCCAAGGGCGAGUGGGGGACGGUGUGCGACGACCUGUGGAACGCCAAGAACGCCGAGGUGGUGUGUCGGCAGCUGGGCUACCGCUACGCGCUCAAGGCGUCCAAGGCGGCGGAGUUCGGCGAGGGCAGCCACCUGCGGAUCCUGCUGGACGACGUCCAGUGUCAGGGAACAGAGGCCACGCUGCUGGACUGCCAACAUGCGGGCGUGGGCAACAGCAACUGUGCGCACUACGAGGACGCAGGGGUCAUUUGCGGGAACUCCUUCGACAACGGACACUAACGGCCCCCGCACAUACAGUAGGCGCCGACGUGAGUGCGGCGCACUCCGCGUUCCGAUUCCCCUUUUCCCUUCCUCCCUAUCUUUCUCUUUUGUCUCCCUCUCCCUUCCUCGCUCUCUUUCUCCUCUCGCUCUCUCUCCCUUCAUUUCUCCUCUCUCUCUUUCCCUUCCUCCCUAUCUUUCUCCCCUUUCCCAUUUCAAACCAUUUUGCCGCUGCCAUAUAUAGAUUCAGCUCCAUUUUUUUGUAUCCCAUUGUCCCGUUGUUGAACAUUUCGGCACUGAUGUGGCAGAAGGUGUCGGCCCACGUCGAUGCCUUGUAUGCGGGGUGCAAAAAUGAUAUAUGACCACAGCACACCGGGAAGUGAUCCACUGGUCUUAGAGAAACAGAGACAAAUCUACCGCAAUGGUUUUGCCCGGGAAUAUUCAAGCUUAGCACUACCUCCUCUGUCACAAACAAGCAAAUUCACACAAACAAGUGCAGCUGUGUUGCUCAAGUAAUUUUACCAGGCAUUAUUCAGUGACCUUAAUUGACCUGAUGUAGCUGACAUCAUGUUAAUACUACCUUUAUAUUCAGUUCAAAAUAAAUGUUUAACAAAAAACUGAGUCAACUUUCUCUGCACGCUCCUCAUUAUUACUAUCAAUAGAUGCAGCUCAACAAAUUCGUGAACAAAUGACACUGAAUUUGAAAAGGUGCUCUUUCAUCCUAUAAAGUUGAUAUAGGCAUGGUUCCCUCCUAAAAUUGACAGCAAUUUAACAUCGACACCACAAUCCAUCAUGUCACUUGGGAAAACCCAGAAGGACCUGUUUGCAAAGUUGAAUCUCAAUUGAGAUGCGGUCUGCUGUCGACGAGGCUAUCAAUCAUGUGAACUCCUGUCCAAAAGUUGCAACUGUCCACGUGUGGACUUACUCUGUCUGACUCUGCACGGAACUUUGAACUUGUCACAUGACACAAAUUUGCGCUCAGCGGCUCCAUAGCUCAGUGGUUAGACAAGAGGUGGCUCUCAAACUCUUGAGGAAGGAAGGGAGGGUGUAUAAAAGACCAAAUGAGAGGCCCCCAUAGGGUUCACAUGCUGUUGUGUUCACAUGUAGACUGUGGUGUGUGCUUUUAAUGAAUGAGGAAACCGCGUACUGUACAUGUUCCACAUAAGAUGCGUUACUCAGAGCAUUUUACCAACACGGCUAGAGCUGUUUCCAGUGUCUGUACACUGUCAGUGACAAUA